CUUUCCACCAGAGGGACUGAGCCGGCUCGGAGACCCGGCCCUUCUUCUUCUUCCUUGAGAAAAGAAGUUUCCUCUUCACACUCCGGAUUCAAGGAGAAGAGCUCCGAUUGGCGCCCCAGCAGGGAAAGACGACCCAUCCAUCUCCUGGAUUCCCGGUAGACAAGCUCGCCCGCGAGAGAACCGCCGAGGGCACCUGGCUGAGACCAGGCCGACCGGCUCGGGUGAAACCUCCUUGCCCAGCAGCCAAAAGCAGCCCGGUUCGGCGAGCUCCACCAUGACUGCUCCUGGGGCGCUCGCCGAGAUGCCCAGACAAUUCCCAAAGUUAAAUAUGUCUGAGGUUGACGAGUCAGUGCGGCUCUUAGCUGAAAAGGUUUUUGCCAAGGUUCUUCAAGAAGAAGAUAGCAAAGAUGCCUUGUCACUUUUCACCGUGCCUGAAGAUUGUCCUAUUGGGCAACAAGAGGCCAAAGAAAGAGAACUUCAGAAGGAGUUGGCAGAACAGCAGUCUUUGGAAACUACUAAAAGGAAGAAAAGUUUCAAGAUGAUCCGAUCCCAGUCCUUGUCAUUACAAAUUCCACUGCAAGAAUGGAAACCCCCAUCAGCCACUCCCCUUGUGUCUCCUCCUACUCCAGUCCUUCCAGGUGCCUUUCAGCCUAUCCAAGGGACAUAUGAUGUACCAGAAUUUCAGAGAGUUACAAUUAGCGGGGAUUACUGUGCUGGGGUUACAGUGGAUGAUUAUGAACAAGCUGCCAGAAAUUUAGCAAAAGCUUUGCUUAUUCGAGAGAAGUAUUGCCGCUUUGCUUACCAUCGUUUUCCAAGGACAACAGCACAAUAUUUAUGCAGUAUGAAAAAUGAAAAAUGGAAAAUUGAAGAUGAGGUACUCCCAGAUUUCCAUCCACCACCAAAAGAACUGCAAGAUCCUUACAAUCUUGAUGAUUCUCCAGGGAACUUGGACUAUGUUGUAAAAAUGAAGGAAGGCAUUUUCUUAAUUUUUGAGAACAAAGACAUGAUGGAACUUAAUGAACCACGGAGUUUGCCUUACCCUGAUCUGCAGACCUACACCCUUGACCUCAGUCAUGUGCUGGCUCUUAUCGCUGAUGGCCCAACGAAAACAUACUGCCACAAGCGGCUUAACUUUCUAGGAUCUAAGUUUGGUUUACAUGAGAUGCUGAAUGAGAUGUCUGAGCUAAAAGAACUGAAGAGUAACCCUCAUCGAGAUUUUUAUAAUGUGAGAAAAGUUGAUACCCAUAUCCAUGCUGCUGCUUGCAUGAAUCAGAAACAUUUGCUAAGGUUCAUUAAGCACACUUACCAGACUGAGCCAAACCGGAUAGUUGGGGAAAGGAAAGACCAAAAGUUGACUUUAAAGCAGGUGUUUGAAAGCCUCCACAUGGAGCCCUACGACCUCACUGUAGACUCACUAGAUGUCCAUGCAGAUCGCCAGACAUUUCACCGGUUUGAUAAAUUUAACUCCAAAUAUAAUCCAGUUGGUGCAAGUGAGUUGAGAGACUUGUACUUGAAAACAGAAAACUAUCUUGGCGGUGAAUAUUUUGCUCGUAUGGUGAAAGAAGUUGCCCGUGAACUAGAAGAAAGCAAAUACCAGUACACAGAACCUCGGCUGUCUAUUUAUGGGCGUUCUUCAGAUGAGUGGGAAAAUUUGGCUAAAUGGUUCAUAAGACACAAAGUUUAUUCACCUCACAUGCGCUGGAUUAUUCAGGUCCCAAGAAUCUAUGAUAUAUUUAGGGCAAAAAAUAUUCUGCCUAGCUUUGGGAAAAUGCUGGAAAACAUAUUCUUACCUCUGUUUGAAGCAACUAUCAACCCCUUGAAUCAUAAAGAGUUACAUCUUUUUCUCAAAUUUGUGACGGGGUUUGAUAGUGUGGAUGAUGAAUCAAAACAUAGUGAUCACAUGUUCUCUGAAAGGAGCCCCCAUCCUGAUAUUUGGACUAGUGAAAAAAAUCCUCCAUAUAGUUAUUAUUUGUAUUAUAUGUAUGCAAACAUCAUGGUUCUCAACAACCUUAGAAAGGAAAGAGGCAUGAGCACCUUCUUGUUUCGACCUCAUUGUGGAGAAGCUGGAUCAAUAACUCACCUGGUAUCAGCCUUUUUAACUGCAGACAAUAUUUCCCAUGGAUUGCUCCUGAAGAAGAGUCCAGUUCUCCAGUAUCUUUAUUACCUUGCACAAAUCCCCAUUGCCAUGUCCCCUCUUAGCAACAACAGUUUAUUCCUGGAGUAUUCAAAAAACCCUCUGCGGGAAUUCUUGCACAAGGGACUGCGUGUUUCUCUGUCUACAGAUGACCCCAUGCAAUUCCACUAUACAAAGGAAGCACUGAUGGAGGAAUAUGCCAUAGCAGCCCAAGUAUGGAAACUGAGCACUUGUGACCUGUGUGAAAUAGCAAGAAACAGUGUCCUACAAAGCGGCUUGUCGCACAAGGAAAAACAGAAAUGUUUGGGCAUAAAUUACUGCGCUGAAGGGCCUGAAGGAAAUGACAUUAGAAAGACAAAUGUUGCACAGAUUCGAAUGGCUUACAGAUACGAGACUUUAUGUAAUGAACUGAGUUUCCUGUCUGAUGCAAUGAAGACAGAAGAGAUUACUGCGUUGUCAAAGUAGCCACGGCCCACAUGUCUGAACACGAGAAAGGAUGUGAGCUUUUGUGGGACGGAAAGUUGUCUGGUGAUCGGAAUUCUUAACUUACAUCAGACUCACUGCAAAACCAGUUUCUGCAAGUGCUUACCUUAAAUAGGACUGCUGUAGAUACCAGGAUGCAGGCUUCCAGCCGUAUUGUUUAUGCAUUUAGAAGUACACUCUAACGCUAGUCAUUAUAGGUUUGCAUCUCAAGAUACCUAACAUUCUGCUUUGAAAAAAGGGACACAGGACUGUAGCAUUUGGUAGCAUACAUACACCAAUUUUCUCAUAUUUAGUAGCACUUUCUCAUGUUGGAUUGAUGGCACUUUAAACAUUAACUUCUGGUUAGAUUUCAGAUGUCUGACUGUACACAGUACUGUAUUGUCCAUUUCAUUUUGAAGAUACUUAACAAAGACUGUCCUGAAUUUAGAACUAAAGUCCUAGUAUAACCAAAGAUCAGCACAUUGUUCCUGGUUGUUCCGUACAGCCAUACAAAUACUUGGCUUUUCCAGGUGGGCCCUUUAAUUGAUGAAAGCAGUGAUUUGUUAUGGUAACUUCCUGGGGCAUCCAGAUAUAACCAGUUACCUGAAAAAUGCAACCUGAUUCUCCAGAGGCUCUGGAUGUCCCAUAGCACUUGCUUUGCUUCCAUAGGUUUCUGAGGCGCAGGAAGAGAAGUAGCUUUGCCUGAAAAAAUGCAGAUUACUUCUCCCACAUCUGUCCUGUUUACUCCUGCAAACCAGUUGUUGGCAUAU